AUGGAAUUUCUCAAAACCUGUAAUACGAAUGCGCAAGCUAUAGGAGACUUUGAGGCUAUCGCAUAUCAAGCCUUCUCUAUCACACGCACCACCACCACCCCCACUUCCUCGAGGACGCGCGACUGGAACACGUCCGAAGACAUACGCGCAGUCGAAGCCCGGCUGCGACAGGACCUGCAACUAGUCGCGCAAGAUGCAUCUCGGCCGUGGCUAUGGCUGUUCAAGCCGACGACCGUCGACAAGCUAGAGCCGAACGAUGCCGAACCCCUAGAGCUCGACGGCUAUCGCCUGCACAGCGAGCAGACAGGAUGCACCAAGGCCAUCGAUCUAGUGCGACCCCCCAUGCGCCCGGGCAAUCCGAACACCACUGCCACCUCGACCAACUCCCCAUCGACCACACAACCACAAAGAGGCCUACAUGCUGGCAGCGCGAGGUCAUCACAGGGCAGCAGUCAGCCUCAAGCAUCCGAUUCCCCUUCACCACCCGAUUGUUUCACUAUCUAUGAGCUCUUCACAUCGUCUGUCAUCGCACUCAUCUCGUUCAACGUCGUCAAAGAUUGCAACGUGACUGCCUUGAACUACCGCACAUUUGUGUCCAAGGCUUGCAAACGAGCUGACGACGAUCCAUACGAGACCGAAGCGCCAGCUCCUGUGCAUCGCCUUACUAGCGUGAAUGUACAUUGGGCUAGCUCAGGCACACUCCUAGUCUCGACUUACACUGACUACAAGACUGACAUUCGCUGCAUCGGCGACAUCUCAACACAAGCUGAAGAAAAAUGGCUUACUGGCAAAUGCAUACGAGUUGCUCCGAAUGGAUUGCUCGCAACAAUCUCGAGUUUUGAUGAUCCCCUUGAUUCUAUCAUAGAGGAGAUCGGUCUCCGUCACAGAAAGCGUACUAGACUCGCCACUCUGGAGCAAAGCAUCGAGAGCUGGAAGUCGAGUGUGAAGCGUUGGUUAGGCUGGAAGGGUUAUGCUUUGCCUGAUCUGGAGAAGAAAAGCUCCUGGGUCAGAAUACGUACGACCUUGACGAAUAGCCCUACAGCCUCUAGCCCAGCUUUUGCAGGCCCAGAUCGGGACGUGCUCUGGCCGCGCGCAUUGUGUUUCUUUCACAGCUCAGAAGAACAUGACAUGACGUCCGCAGACUCGACUGUUGGAGGACAUAGUAUGCUAAGAUGGUAUGAGACACCAGAAUCCAUGGGCUUCAAAGACCCACUUGAUGCUGCACAAGAGUGGUUUCUGGGGAAACUGGACCGUGACAAGAUUCUUGAGGCCAGACGGAAAGCGAAAAAAGCGGAGGAAGACUCUGCCCGUCGUAAAGACGAACAACAGAACCUGUUUCCGUCAUCGCCACUAAACGCCCGUGGUGGAGCCUAUGGUGACCUGCAUGCUGUAGGCGGUGUCUACCCCACCCCUCCAGAUGGGGUUGCUCCUGGCACUGCAGUAUCCCACAGUGACACGCCGAGCGUGUCUGGUACAGUCUCCAACGUUAUCCUAGCACCUGGAGGCAGCAACCCUGCCAUCAACCUCUCAGCUCCACAGGCCGACACGAAAAUGGACGAACAACAGAUGCCUUUGACCUCUCCCGUCGUUCCGUCCGCGCCGGACAACUUCAACGCAUCCAGUGGCAACGAUGACCUGUUUGGUGACAUGGACGAAGACGGGUAUGGAGGCGAUCGUAUCAACGACGACGACUUCGACUUUUUUGACGGACCAGACGAUAACGACGUUGACAUGCUAGACGCACCCGCGCUACCUGAAAUCAAUGUAGUACCUAUCGACACUUCGCACGAACAAGAGUCUCAAGCCGCUGCUGAACAUCCGCCUGAGGAGGACUCCUCUGACCCCUUCGCUGCGCUCGAGAGCGCGUUGGCUACAGCCUCUGAGCCUGCCAUGGAUGUGGAGAAGGAAGACAAAGGCAAGCAGCCAAUGACCACGGAAGUGCCCUUGAUCGAAAGCCCCGACCUGUCUGAUGAGAAACCGGUUGCCCCAAUAGCUAAAGCAAAGGUUUCGUUCUCCAAGGAGCCUACUCCACCGCUAAGCCCUAGCGCAAUUUCCAAGGCACUGCAGCCAUCUCCGCCCAAGAAGUUAGCAUCGCACACUCGAUCAAACCAACCUGUGGACAUCAAAAAUGAUGCUCAUUUCAGUCCAGUGGUUUUCAGUCGGAAGAUGAGCAUGUCUGAUGCAAAGUACCAAGACGGACGAUUCAGCGCACAUCGCCCUGUGGACAGUGUCAAUCAAAACUCAUCCAGCCCUAGUCCCGGUCCCAGGCCUGUUGUGACGCAGACCAAAAGUCUAAGAGACAUCCCUCUGCUCUCGAAGUUGCGUAUCACUGUGGGUGCCGCGUCCACGAAUCAGAUACCAGAGAUCGCAUCUCUUGCUCGAGCAGCUAGUGAGGACUUGGAUUCCAGUGAUACAUCAGAAGAAUCCGAUGACGAUUCUGGAGAGGAAGAGGAAGCGGGAACACCCGCAGCUAUCAUAGGCGGCCUCAUCAUGCCCGCAAAGAGAAAACUACAGAGUGACGGUAACGCUACACCGCUAUCUGUAACGUCAUUUGCGGAUUCGAUGGGAGGCGACUGGCAUGACUUGCAUGGUCUGCAACUUGAUGAGUUGAAUUUGAUCAGUUUCGAGCCAAGUCUAUGGGACUGGUCCUUGGUCCACUUUCCUUCCCCAGUGGAACGCCGUACAGCUGGCGCGCGCUAUAGCCUUCCUUCUCUGCAUGCGAGCCCCGCUCAAAUGCCUGAUACCCCCACUUCUCAGCCUGAGAUGAGUUAUGAAGUUUCAGAAGAAAAGCCUUUGAGCGCCAAGGACAGUAUUUCCAUCACACAAAUCGUGACAGAUCAGAUUGUAAAGACCACACUCGAUCUCUUAGGAGAGGAUCUACCCUUUGAAAAAGAGCCUGUCAACGGGGCAAUAGCAGAGACGCGCUGGCAUACGGUCAUCAAAGAGAUCUUCCCAGCAGCUGCAGAAUGUGACCUGCCUACUCUUGCAGGUGUGCACGAAGUUUUCCAGGACUAUGCUGCCCUAGCAAAAGCACAGCAAAGGCCAGCCGCGCGAAAGAACGACGGACCAGCUGUGACUGGGAGCCAUCUGUAUCAGAUCAAUGCACCAUUCUUGAGGGUGCGCCGCGCAGAAACACAUUGGGACUUACUUCCUCCUGCAGUAGCUUUUUGGGAACCUUUAGGAUUGUCACCCAUCAGUUCACCAAAGAAUGUCGUUACAUUCUGCAUUUACCCACAUAGCGAUGCUCUCAGACCUUGCCUAGAGAACUUUUUGCUCAACCUUCAGCUUGCCUACGACAGCUGUAAGCUUGGUACACACAGUCGAGUCGAGACGGUUGUCGAGUUUGAAGGAGGUCUUGUACCUGUGAGGGCAAGCUCAACUGUCACACCAGCGGAGUCAUUCAAGCUUCUCAAAGAGACUUGCGUCCAACUUGGAAAGCUUCUUGCCAUACAGCAUGCAAAGAUACGCGAGCAGCAAGAUUCGAAGAUUGAUGCGUUCAUUAUCUACAUGAUUGAUCCCUUCGGCGGCCCAUCCGCGUUGUGGGAGCUGUGUUCGGCUUUCUGGGCACUCUUUCAGGCUUACGGUCAAGGAUCACCAGGACGACCGGACCAGCCUCAGAAGCCAGAUCUUGUGCUUCAGGUCGUCCCUAUGAAGUAUAUAGCUUCUUUCGACACUCCUGUCAUCCUGGAUCCUUCUACGUAUUUCAGCCUUGCACGAGAAGUUUAUGACCGAUGCCCUCCAAGUGCACCUAGUGGAGACAAAACAUCCCUCAGCAUAUAUGCAGCGCCUGCUUUUCAUCUCGAAGAAACACUUCCACGCAAUAUACCAUUCAAGCUUAUCUCCGAGCCGGCUCAGGAUCUGCUUCGAGAAAACACGUACAUGCACCUGGGGUACGCGAUCAGUCUCGAUGGCACGUGGGUGACAGCAGCUUGGACUGAUAGCUGCGGCAAGUCACAAGCAGUCGUCUCGUAUCACUUAGGUACACGCAUGUUCCGAGAGGUCGCAAAAGAAAUCUGGCAGACCACGAUCGAAAUUUUGCAGUCAAGGCGUGUCAAUUGGCGUGUCUGCAUCGCUAAAGCUGGGGUCUUGGAAAGAGAGGAAUUAGAGACCUGGGUCUUCCUAAUCUCAUGUCCAACACAGAUCAACGUAUUCGUCACGUUACUCACAGCGAUAGAUGCGGAUCCUCCGUACAAGUUUACGCCAACCAUAACAGGGCCAAGCACUGCUAUUGGUGGAAGUACAAAUACCCCAGAAUCCACACCCCAAGCUGGCGUCUCCCCCUCGGACCUGGGACCAGGUCUAACACCCGCCGCAACACCUUCCGCCGACCCUUCCGCCACGGACCCGUCCGCAGACCCCGAAGCGCGCUUAAUCGACGUCACAGACGAAACAUGGGGCGUGAUCCUUGCUCAUCGCCUUCACAACACACAGUCCACAACCCAAUUCAGCCCUGCCCUUAUAUCCGGUCUCCUGGUCAAGCGCGGAGAAACCCAACAAACACGCAACAGCAUCUCACACCCGAUCCCCGAUCCGGAACCAGGCCCUAUAGUUGUGGCGGUAAACUUCCUCUGGAUCGGUGCCGUAGGCUCAACACGCGCUGCAUCCUCUCCCUUCCCACCAUCGUCUUCCGGUAGUACCCCGUCCGCUGCAUCCGCAUCCUCAGAUCUCCCUAGCCCGGGUGCGUCUACCUUGCCAAACCCAUAUGCUAGUAACCCGGGCACGCCGCAGAGCCCGGGACCAGCACAGGAUGCGGGACAGAGGAGUACAACGAGUCUUAUGUGGACGCCAACGCCGCAGACUAGAACGACAGCCGAAGGCUUGUUAAAGGAAGUGCUGGGACAGUUUAGAGCGCUGGGGUUGUUGGCGAAACUUAGAGGGAUGAGGGGGACGAGGAAUGGGACGUUACCUUGGCAUAUUGUUGCUGCUAAGAGGGGUGUUGAGGGUUUGAGUAGAAUUGGUGGAGCGGUUUAA